AAAAUAUGUUUUUGUGUGUGGUGUUUGCGUGAUGGUUCUUGGGAGUUCUGCUUUGACAUUACAAUCAAGCAGUAGAUCAAAACAUGAUGUAGCUGCUGCUUCAACCACCGACCUCAACUUCAUUUCGGGAGACGAGCUAGCCGGACGUCUACAGGAUGGCUUCUGUAGCACCUAUGAUUCAACCGAUGGUCCUCCCUCCUUCCCUUCCGGCACUGUCGGUGACGGUACUAUGUGUCGUAGCGCUGAUAGUGGGGACUUCCACUGUAGGAGUAGCGCAACUGCUAUGGAGAUUGUUCCUGUGGGACAACCUGCGAAUUCCCCCUCCUCCCCGUCGCCUCCAGUAUCGCCAGGAGGGGGAAGUUAUAGGAAACUGGUUCUCAUUGAUCUGCGCUCUAUGUUUCUGUUCCAGGAGAGUCACGUGAGAGAGAGUAUUAACCUCACAAACUGUCCUCUGGUUUCAAAACGCAUUCAGGAUGGGAAACUGCAGAUUAAGGAGUACUUGGAGGCUCGACUACUGUUCGACGGCAGCCAAGACAUCGUCAUCUACGAGCAAGGACCCCCCUCUGGCAGUGGAUGCCAACUGCCCUCAGCCUCUUCUGCGGGCACUGGAAGCGGAGACCCCCGUCAAGAAAGUGAGGAGGGGAAUGGGAUGAAUGCAGUCACUGAUUUCGCUAAACUAAUCUUCAAAAAUCUAAAAAAUGUGUCCAACAAGGAAGCGCGCAUUGAGAUAUUGCAAGGAGGUUUCGACAGUUUCCGCAAAGCGUAUCCAAACCACUGUACCCAAGGAGUUCCCUUCGUGGCCAGAUAUUUCAUUUCCAAUGUGAGUGGCGAUGAUGAAAGCACUUAUCUCAAUUGGGAGGCGACGGAAGUGAGGAAAAACAUAUUCAUAGGAGCUUUGCAUGACGCGAAGAAUGACAAACUGCUGGACAGACAUAACAUCACUCAUAUUCUGAACUGCUGUCGCACUGCUUCCAGAGGAGAGGGCGUGACAGACUGUGGGAGGGGCAAGUACAAGUACAGGGAGUUGCAGUGUGAUGAUAAUCUGCAGCAGUCACUGGCUGGGAAACUAGACGAUGCCUUUCAGUUCAUAGACGAAGCAGUUCGGGGAGAGAAUGGGAAAAAGGGAGGCAAAGUGUUGAUCCACUGUUACGCCGGAGUGUCCCGGAGUGCGGCCAUCACCAUCGCAUACCUCAUGUACGCCUACAAUCUCACCUACCACGACAGCUACAGGGAACUGAAGCAGAAGCGCAGUAUAGUUGCACCAAACAUCAGUUUUGUAGCUCAACUCAUGAAGUAUGAUGACCACCUGAAAGCCAAGAAGAAGAACGUCUCGAAAAGCAGCCCUUCAUCACCUGUCAUUAUGGAAAUCAAACAACCCCCACCCCAUGUUCCUUUAGCGGGGAGUUCUGCACGUACCAAAGUGCAACUUCAGAACCUAAAACUCGAUGCCCUGAACUUAAAGAAGGAUUCUAACGAAGCGCAAAGCACAGGAUUUGCGGCCAAAAGGAAGAUGUUACUGCCCCUGAAAAUAAAUGUAGCAGCUUCCGCAGUGCCUCGCGAAGGAGCGUCGCGCUUCGAGAACAUUGCCUCGGCCCCAAUUAUGCCGACAAACUACAACCCGUUUUGCUCGGCGUUCAAGAAGGCAAACACGAAUAAAAACUCCUUUAGUAGUUCGCUGAAGACCAGCAAUGAACUGUCCUCUGCGUUUCCGAAGUGUAGUUUUGGCGCCCCUUCGUUUUCUCAUCAGAAAAAUAGUUCGAUUCCCGAGUAGUUCCAAGAUUAAUGUUCGAAAAAAUUAUAUAUAGAAUUGCCCAAAAUUGUAUCCGACUUCGGACGGAUCUGGCUAAUUUUUGGCCAACGUUUUACAGAUUUCCAGGAGUUUUUGAAACAAAUUUCAAUUUUGCUGCGAAUAUUCCUUAGGCAUUCAAAAUGUUUCGGCCUUUACUGCUUAUCUAGAAAUGUGAAUCUGUACAAAAAAUUUGAAGAGAAACCUUGAAAGAGUCUGAACAUUGAGCUUGGAACUCAAUUGCUCGUUGCUUGUGAACGUGUCCUGCCUGAAACCAAAGCAGGUUACUGAUUGAACCCUUUGACCCUGAUUAUGAGCCUGAUUUUCUUUACAGUUUUUUGUGAGUAGCGAUUAUUAAUCAUAGAAAAAAAACAUGCAAAAUAGCAGCUUGGAGAGUUAAAAAGAUAGAAUAGAAAUUUUUUGAAUUGAAAUUUUAUCAUUUG